AUGUGUGUGCGUCGUCGUAAUCGGCCCUGCCCUCCGCCUGCAUACGCCCCGCUCCACCUCUCACUCUUCUCCCUGUCUCCAUCUGUCUAUUGCUUGGGACUUCGGAUCGAGGCUAGUGGAGUCGAGUGGGGCGCUUCCCGACUGAAACCGGUUACAUUUCACCACGAGAUAAUGAUGUCUGAAUCCGCGGAUAAACCAGCGAAACCUGCGACAGGAUCUCCUUCUGCCUCGGACAGCAUACAAUUGAACCUUUCCUAUUUCGUGAAAACCCCUGCCGGCAUCCUCAAGCUCGUUCAAUUAGUUGUGGGGAUCAUUUGCAUGGCAUGCGGGUCACCGGCAUGGUGGAGUCCGUACCAUUGGUUCCUCUUCGUCGCCGUUUCGGCUUUCGUCGGCACGCUUCUUUGGAGCUUCGUCUACCUGUUGUCCUUGAAAAAUGCCAUCAAUCUGCCCAUCAAUUGGACACUCUCUGAGCUCCUGUUCACUGCCAUCUUCACAGUGUUGUACAUCGUCGCCUUCAUCGUUCUCUUGGCAUCUAACCCUCACGGGAAGUACAUCGCAGCUGGGGUGAGUUCCUCGUCACCUGAUCAUCAGGCCGACCACAUUGAACAUUUUACAUCAGACCUACAAUAUAUGAUCGUCGUGCCCUCUGGGAGGUACAUCGUCGCGGGGGUUGAAGCGAAAAAUCGCUACAAGGAAGAUUCAGGAGACCCUACUGUUGGAGCAAUAUUCGUCGUAAUGGGGGAGAUUCAAGGGUUUUCCAUUACUCCUAUCUUCACACAGGCCAGUGCGAUGUCCCACACGGUGACUGUUACUCGGACCACAACCUCGACUACGUCGGCCAUUAUCCUUAACACCGGCUAUGUCAAGACAAUCCCUGGCCUUCUCAAAUUCUUGGAAUUGAUCAUCGGAGCCGUGUGUGUGGGGAUUAUUGGUUACUACGUGGACAGAUACGGUCGUGACUAUGCGGGAUUGGCCGUCCCAGAGCUGUUCUUCCUACUCAUUGCCACAGCAUGCAUGAUAGCUACUUUCUGCCUCUUUCUUUCCUGCCUCCUAUCUGUCGCCACUGCCGCCAUCCUCCCCAAGACUAUCUUCGAGGUAGUUUAUCACUUUAUUGCGACGGGUCUCUACUUGGCCUGCGCCAUUACUCUGCUGGUGGAAGUGAGCGAAAUGCGGAAAUACAGUAGAAGUGAGAAGCUGGAUGCAUACCUGGCAACUGCAAUCCUUGGGCUCAUCAACGCUGGGCUGUACCUCUGCAGCGCCUUUCUGGCGGUCAAAAGUUACAGAAUGGCCUAAAGAUGAAACUGUCCAUGUCUACCUGUGCCUCCAUUAAGUAUUUAACAUUAUAUGAGACUGGCGACUUCAGUUCAUCAGCUUCCAUCCAAUACAGAGCUCUCUAAGUAGUUUUGAUGUAAAAAAUAAGGCAGAAUCAUUGUGAAGAAGAUAUAUUGUGAAUGAAUUGACAAUGAAGAAAUGGUCUGUGAGAAAACAAUCACAGAAUUAUGCAAUUGGGAUCCCACUUUCUCCAAUGUCACAUCCUAUUCUACUUUAAAAUUAUCAAGGAUGGGUGAUUUGGUCUGUCUUCAUAUGACCUAAAAUCUUAAGUGGUUCAAACUCAAAGUGGUUCUAGUCAUGUUUGUAUAUUCUCAUCAUUUCAUGCGUGUACAUUUACCCAGAUACAUUGAAACUGUUAAGAUUUUGGUAUGCUCUGACUCACUCUGAAAAUCAAAUUUGUAAGCAUCCCUAUUUGUGCUGUAUUUUCCAUGCAGGUACUGGUGCCUGGCAUGUUACUUGAUGUGCAAUUUUUUUUUACUAUCCC